AUGAGUCUCCGCGCACCUCUCGGUCUCUCACGGCGGGCAUUGCCUGCCCAGAUUGCAAAGUAUGCCGCCACGCAGCAACAAUCCAUGGCUACUGUCGUGCCGCCUGUCACCCAAGACAACACUGGCUCCAAGGGCCCCACCGCCAUGGUCUUUAUGAACAUGGGCGGCCCUUCGACUACUGCCGAGGUCGGCGACUUCCUCAGCAGGUUGUUUGUGAAUGGCGACUUGAUUCCUCUCGGCAGACUGCANAACUACCUCGGUCCUCUCAUCUCCAAGCGCCGUACUCCCAAGAUUCAGAAGCAAUACGCUGCAAUUGGCGGUGGUUCGCCCAUUCGUAAAUGGUCCGAGUACCAGAGCUCCGAGAUGUGCAAGAUCCUCGACAAGAUUUCGCCCGAGACCGCCCCUCACAAACCUUAUGUCGCGUUCCGCUACGCCGCCNNCCCCCUGACCGAGGAGAUGUAUCAGAGAUUGUUCGACGAUGGUUUUGGUAACGGAAAGGGAGGCAGAGCUGUCGCCUUCACCCAAUACCCGCAGUAUUCGUGCAGCACCACUGGAAGCUCCCUGAACGAGCUAUGGAAAUGGCGCCAAAGACUCGAGACCAAGCGUGCAGGCGGUGAGGUUGACGAGGCUGGCGCCAUCACCUGGAGUGUCAUUGAUCGCUGGCCUUCGCACCCGGGCCUCAUCGAAGCCUUUGCUCAAAACAUCGAGGCCAAGUUGCUCGAGUAUCCCGAGGAGACAAGAAAGGACGUUGUGCUGCUCUUCUCGGCUCACUCCCUGCCCAUGAGCGUGGUCAACAGAGGCGACCCUUACCCAGCCGAGGUGGCUGCUACCGUCUACGCCGUCCAACAGCGCUUGGGCUUCAAGAACCCUCACCGUUUGGUCUGGCAGUCCCAGGUCGGGCCUUCUGCCUGGUUGGGUGCCCAGACCAGCGACACCGUGACAAACUUCGUCAAGAGAGGUCAGAAGGAUCUCAUCCUCAUUCCUAUUGCCUUUACCUCGGAUCACAUCGAAACCCUGUUCGAAGUCGAUCAGGAGAUCAUUCACGAGGCCAACGAGCUGGGCGCAGAAGGUCGUGUGAAGCGAGCAGACUCCCUGAACGGCAGUCCUGUUUUCAUUAGAGGUCUGGCCGAGCUUGCGAGAGAUCACUUGGCGAGUGGAGAUGUUGGCAGUAGGCAGUUGGGCUUGAGGUGUCCUGGCUGCACCAGCCAGAGAUGUCUGGAGACCAAGAAGUUCUUCAUGAAGCAAGAGGCGUUGCUGUAG